GGCCCCGGCGCGCAGAGCUAGCGCGGCCGCGGACCGGCGAGCACCAUGUGCGGCAUCUUUGCUUACCUGAACUACCAUGUUCCCCGGACAAGACGGGAGAUCCUGGAGACCCUUAUCAAAGGGCUCCAGCGGCUGGAGUACAGAGGCUAUGAUUCCGCAGGUGUGGGAGUCGAUGGCGGAAACGACAAAGACUGGGAAGCUAACGCUUGCAAAAUCCAGCUUAUCAAACAGAAGGGGAAAGUGAAGGCUCUGGACGAAGAGGUUCACAAGCAACAGGACAUGGACCUCGACAUCGAGUUUGACGUACACCUUGGAAUCGCCCAUACCCGCUGGGCUACCCACGGCGAGCCCAGUCCUAUCAACAGCCACCCGCAGCGCUCGGAUAAAAACAACGAGUUCAUCGUCAUCCACAACGGCAUCAUCACCAACUACAAAGACCUGCGGAAAUUCCUGGAGAGCAAGGGCUACGACUUCGAGUCGGAGACGGACACGGAGAGCAUCGCCAAACUGGUCAAAUACAUGUAUGACAACCGGGACAGCGACGACAUCAGCUUCACCACCCUGGUGGAGAGGGUCAUCCAGCAGCUGGAAGGUGCUUUCGCCCUUGUGUUCAAAAGCGUUCAUUAUCCUGGUCAAGCGGUUGGUACCAGGCGAGGCAGCCCCCUGCUAAUAGGAGUGCGCAGCGAGCACAAGCUUUCCACCGACCACAUCCCGAUACUCUACCGGACGGCUGUACAAUCUGUGGAUCAUUCUUUUGCUGGAAUAUCCAUAAAAAUGGAGGAAGGUAAAGACAAGAAGGGAAGUUGCAACCUGUCUCGUGUUGACAGUACCACCUGCCUUUUCCCGGUUGAGGAGAAAGCUGUGGAGUACUACUUUGCUUCUGAUGCUAGUGCUGUCAUAGAGCAUACCAACAGAGUGAUUUUCCUUGAAGAUGAUGAUGUAGCAGCUGUCGUCGAUGGCCGUCUUUCCAUCCACCGGAUUAAACGCACAGCAGGCGAUCACCCCGGACGCGCCGUCCAAACCUUGCAGAUGGAACUUCAGCAGAUUAUGAAGGGUAACUUCAGCUCAUUUAUGCAGAAGGAAAUUUUUGAACAGCCAGAAUCUGUUGUAAAUACGAUGAGAGGAAGGGUCAACUUUGACGACUACACUGUAAAUCUUGGUGGGUUGAAGGAUCACAUUAAGGAGAUUCAGAGGUGUCGUCGUUUAAUCCUUAUUGCUUGUGGAACAAGUUAUCAUGCUGGAGUUGCGACCCGUCAGGUUCUGGAAGAACUGACUGAAUUACCUGUUAUGGUUGAACUAGCCAGUGACUUCUUGGACAGAAACACCCCUGUCUUCAGAGAUGAUGUUUGCUUUUUCCUCAGCCAGUCAGGUGAGACAGCAGAUACUUUGAUGGGUCUUCGGUACUGCAAAGAGAGAGGAGCUUUAACCGUAGGAAUAACUAACACAGUUGGCAGCUCUAUAUCACGAGAGACAGAUUGUGGAGUCCAUAUCAAUGCAGGACCAGAGAUCGGGGUGGCCAGUACCAAGGCCUAUACCAGCCAGUUUGUCUCUUUGGUGAUGUUUGCUCUGAUGAUGUGCGAUGACAGAAUUUCUAUGCAGGAAAGGCGCAAGGAAAUCAUGCGUGGUCUAAAGGGACUGCCAGACUUAAUUAAAGAAGUGCUGAGCAUGGAUGAUGAGAUCCAGAAGCUAGCCACAGAGCUGUACCAUCAGAAGUCUGUUCUCAUCAUGGGACGUGGCUACCAUUAUGCUACGUGUCUUGAGGGAGCUUUGAAAAUCAAAGAAAUUACCUACAUGCACUCCGAAGGGAUAUUGGCAGGUGAGCUGAAGCACGGCCCUCUCGCGCUGGUGGACAAACUCAUGCCCGUUAUCAUGAUCAUCAUGAGAGACCAUACGUACGCCAAGUGCCAGAACGCUCUGCAGCAGGUCAUUGCACGGCAAGGGCGACCUGUCGUGAUUUGUGAUAAGGAAGACAUCGAGACAAUUAAGAACAAUAAGAGAACAAUCAAAGUUCCCCACUCAGUGGACUGUCUGCAGGGGAUCCUGAGCGUUAUCCCCCUCCAGCUUCUGGCUUUCCAUCUUGCAGUUCUCAGAGGAUACGAUGUUGAUUUUCCAAGAAAUCUGGCCAAGUCCGUAACUGUAGAGUGAAAGAUCAUCUGAAUCAUAGGGGCAAAGGGGAAUUAAAUGAAAGACUUUUUUUGGUACCAAAAUAACUUGAUUUUAAAGUCCCCUAGGUAAAUCUUAUUUUGGUAAAUCAUUGUUUGUGUAUAAGAUCACCGCAAUUCCAUUACAUUAGUGAUUGUCAAAUUGAUUCCACAUGCUAUGUCAAUAGCUUUGGGUUUUUUUGAACAAUAGGCUUCCAUGAAAGAUGUUAAAUGGUUUUCUUUAAAGAUUACUGAGUCUUCUAGGGAAGGGGCCCUCCACUUUAAGAUAAUGUCGUUGUUUCUUAUCCAGUGUGACUCAUUCCAAUUGUUGAUGAGAAACCAUUGAAUGAAUUACCUGUCGUGCUCUCAGGCAGUGAAGGAGGAUACCGGAAUACACAACUGGAACAAGAGCUGUUACUGGUCAUGCUUGUGCAGAUAUUUUAACAGUGAACGAAACUGUAAACAAGCAUUUGGGGUAAAUUUCUGCCUCAUGUACAAAAGGGAAUUCAAGUGACCUGUCACAGCCUCCUAAAUUUUAGGCAUAUGGUAAAUGUGCUAAGAAAAUAAUGUCGCUUCAGAAGGAUUUUAUCUAUGCCAAAUACCUAGCAAGUGACAAUCUCGUAGACUCGAUGGGCCACAACGCACUGUGUUACACCAGCAUAUACUUGUAGUUGUGCCCAUCAGGACAGUGGAACUCACGCCUUCGAGUGUAAAUGGAAGCAGUGGCUGACUCAGUAUGGAUGCUGACCAAAGUGGGGGAAAAGAGAGGAAUGUGAACAGUGCUCAGUUUGUGCUGGUGUUUUGUUGUUGCUGCUGUUUGGUUUUUUUUUAAAUAAGUAGAAGUCUUCCUGUGUUGAGGAUUUUUCCCCUUGAACUGAGCACUGUGGCACUAUCCACACAUCCUAAGGAACCGGCUUUAUGCUGCUGCAGGUAACUUACUAGUCUGAAUGCGUAGAAGACAGUUUCUACCUUGUAUCUCUCCGGCAGAGAGACAGCACUAAAGCGGCCUUUCUGAGGCUUACUACGUUAGCCAGAGUCCCUUAGUGAAAGCAUGGGUUCUGGUUUAUUUAGAAGCAGUUCAUAUGUGACUUGUGUCAAAUUCAGCUGGUUUAAAGUUGGAGGGGAUAAAAAAGGCUCGAUAGACACGACAGAAAUAUAAACCUUGGUAAUAGUUUUAUAACAAGCUUGCAGAGAAUCAGAAAUUACACAAAAACAUGCCUUCAAGACUUAACACUGACUUUUUCAAAGUCCUUCAAGGGCAGUUAGCGAUGUAUUUCCUAAUGCAAAAACGUGAAUUUCCUACCAGCUUGAUGGGUUUUGAAUUAGCUUUACACACACACACCAUAAAAAGAAAAACACGCUACAAGGCAUAAAGCAAUGCUUGCCAAGUGCUGGUGAAUAUUCCAGGUCACUUAUUGCCCCCAAAGAAUUGCUUUAACACAUGCAGUGCUUGGGGACUGUCCACUACCCUGUGAAAUCUGGUGCUCCUUGCACAGGAUGACUAUUGCUAAGCAGCAGUAAUCCAGGCUGACUCGUACAAUGGAAGAUGACUGCUCAGACCGAGGUGUUUCCAAAGACGGCGUCUGUAGCAAUUCUACUUUAUGUAAAACUGCAGUAACUAUUUAACUUCAAUUCAGUAUCAGCUCAAGGCUUAGUUUUAUUAUGAGAAUGAAAUGCUGCGUGCCUGGAAACAGCUUCUCAAAACCAAUAUAUGUACAUUUAUUAAUACAUUGUAUUCAGACUAUUAAUUUAUGAACACAUUGUGCUGCCAGUGUCUGUUUAAGAACAAAGUAGUAAAUACUGCAUUUUAUUUAUACAGCAUUUGCUUAUGAGGCACUGACUCAUAACAGUUAUGUGCCUCUACCUAAACAUGACCAGUAGACUUCCCUGCUUCGUUUGAAGACGAUACUUGUCCUUAAGGAAAAAACAACGCGUGUUCAAUGCUAACAAUUUGAAGACAGUUCCUCUUCCUCCUCCUCCCACUCAGCUUGCUUAAGAGAAGAGAAACUGUGCAAACCUUUCACAUGGAGGGCUGGAACCAAGGCAGGAUUUCCCCCCCCCCCCCGCAUCCCCCUCAGCACAAGGACACAAGGACUUGUAGCAUCACAUCCUAUGUUCUCGUUAGCAUGAGAUCUCAUGUGAAAGAACCCUGCAAGAGAAUUAUUUUAAGAUCUUUUUCUCCUAUUCUGCUCAGAAGAAAAGCAGCAAGCAUUGCUUUUAUCUAGCCUUGUACAGAUGAUUGUCCGCUAGCUUACCAAGUCUCCUAGCAAACAGGAUGGUAGACAGCCCAGUUACAAUACAAGUUGCUAUUCAGUAAAAGUUCAAUAAUGCAGGCUGUUAAAUAUUUAUGGAAGUUGUAUACAAAGAGGACCAAAGAACAGGAGUCUAAGUUAGAAAUGUAAGUCUGACACUCUCAUGUCAGGUGUAACUGUACAGAUGUUGCUGAGCUAUUUGGUUUUAUGCUGUGAUAGACAAAUCCUUAUUCUUUGUAAUUUAAGGCAUUAAAACUCGUGACAGAUUCUUCAUUGUCAGAAGUAAAGGUAGCAUUCACCCCCUGCAUUCUGCAAGUUGCCAGCAAACUGCCUGAAGUGUAUAAAACUCUGCCUGCCAAAACAGAGGUUUAGUCACUACUUGCAACUAGGCUGUCGGAUGUUGUAAUGCUUAAUAUCAAAGAAUGCUGUGGAGCACACUUGCUAUGAAGAAUUUCUCUGAUGAGCAUGGUAGGGAAUCUGUUAAGCAUCUCAUUGUUGUUAAUUGCCAUGCCUGUGUGAAGUGAGAAUGUAUAAAGGACUCUUCUUAGCUUUCCUUACCUCAUUUUGUCUAGAUGUGUUGCAUUUUGAUGAACAGAUGAUGUUUCUCUUUUCCUUAGAAAACUUUUAGAAUGUCUCGUGAUAUUUAUUAACAGCCAGUCAGUCUUCUGCUCUCCAAAAUGAAUGUUUUGCUUACUGAGCCAGUAAAAUUCCCUCCUUCCUAAUUGAGGUGUUUAAAAAUUCAGUAGCCCUGUCACUAAAAUUGAGCCACAGGUAAAUACAGAUAAAGGCCUUUGCCAUUUGGAAUAGCAGCUGCCUAUGACUGCGUACUUUUGUCAGAAUUUAUUUUGAUUUCAGUAACUGUUUUCCUCAUCUGUGUCUACAGAGGCUUAAAGGGAAGCACACGCCCAUAGGUCUUAGGGUUUUUUAAUUACCAAAGACCGGAGGACUUCAGGCUCAGCCCAUGUUGUUUCUGCCCAGCAGAUCUCUCACAAAUUCCGUGCCGCUAGUAAGGUUAUUCCACGCACAAUAGGAAAUUAAGUUGUACGUGGAAUAUACUUCUGUCAGAAAGGUUUUCCCUCCUAGCUCUACUGAAGAAAGGCUAUAGACAGUUCUUUCCUGAAUUUGUCAGAUGAGUAAGCAUAUUCUUAUAAAGAGCCCAAACCAGUAUUUGGGUAGCCAUGUCCUUGUAAGGUGCAACACUGACAUGGCAAAUGCCAUCUCCUUUUUAGCAUGGUCUUACUGACUUGAAGGUAAGUACGUACCACUAACACGGGGACGCCCUUCCAGCCAGAAAGCUGCCUUGACCACCCGUAUUUGUGAAGUCUCAACCCCUCUGUACUGAAAGAGCUGAAGCUUCACACAGGCCUUUCCGAGUCAAGUGGGAGCUCAUGGACAUGACACGACGUGUAAUCACGCUCAGUUAGGAGCCUUAAGACUAGCCUAGGCACACUAGGUUUGGUUAAGCUGCAGACUGAAACAUCUAAAGGCAUAAGGAAGACCAACACAUCAGUGCAAAAUUAGGCUUUUCUCCUCUCUAGCUGGCACUAGUAGUCCUUGACGCCACAAGUUGGUGCCUGGCGGCAGCAUGUCAGAUGGAGGGAGGGAUUGAAAUUCAGCGCCUGAAGUAGCACGUCCGUGUUUAGCUGUGGCUAAUUUUAGAUUCUACCUGAAUGUACCAAAUUUGCCUCAAAGCAUGGAGUCCCUCUACAUCAGAAACAGGAAGAAGAAGAAACAAAGAAGUACUUGGUUUGAAUAAAAGGAAAGAAAACUAUUUGCCUUCAAUUCAGUUUCUGUAAAUAGACAUUUGAAGUGGCAAAUACCACCAUUCCUUCCCUUCUAGAUCUAUUUGCCUCUGCCUGUACAUAUCCAGCUGGCUUGGUUUGUGGGGACCAGUCUGUAUCUUGUUUCCUGUUGUGUGCGGUACGCAGAAGAUGUCUUUCUUUUGUCUGUAGUGUUUUAUAAUUUGGGUUUUGUCUUUUUGCUUACUUUUUUUGUAUCUCACCCUUUGAAUAAAAUCAAGUGCCCUACAUUA